GAAAUAUUCUAAAAAUAUUAGAAAUGAGACAUCGAACCCGAAAAAUUCGCAUUUAUUAAGCAAUUAUUAAAUGGCUAUUUGACAACCAGAACAAAAAACACAUACUGGACUGUAAGCGAACAAGUAAAACAUUGCAGUCAAUAAAUUCGUUAUCAUGAUUUCUAAUCAUUCGCGAAUAUGAGGUUAUGUUGUUUUUCGUAAAAUCUUUUUUUUUUUACUCAGAAAUCGAUAAUUGCCGAUAACCACAACAUACCUAUCUAUGGUACUGGUACUGACUAAUACGCAUGAGAGUGUGUGCCGCUAACAUUUUUAAUGCAUUGGUAUUUUAUUCGUUGAACGGCGCACGUUUAAAUUAAAACAUUGGAAAGAAUAUUUUUAAAAGUUUAUUGCUAAUAAUUAGUAGGUAUUACUUGAGUUCCUGCAGUCAAGAGGUGAGUUAUCUUUCCCCCUCUGUUAAUGUGUGUACGUCCAGGGUCACAAGGUGUUUCAAGUUUCGUUUCAUUGGACAUUGGCGAGAUGUAGAAUUCAUUUGCUCAGCGGUUAUCCGCUGGUUAACAAUGGGCUGAAUGUGUACCUAGUCCUAUACUCUUUUGCCUACAUUUACCCAUUUCAAAACAGUUAAGCAGUAUACGAAAUUUCAAAUUGUAGUUUAAUAAAAGUUGAUUCGUUUAAAAGGUGAAAUGGCUGCUGAUGAUUUCUUUGAAGGAGCCGAGAAACUAUUGGAAAUAUGGUUUGGCCAUCAAGAUGGAAAAGUAGAAAAUGGGGACUUGAGAAAAAUACCAAGGUAAACUAUUUAAGUGUUUAAUUACUAUUUUCUAAACAGAUAGUGCUGUGGGUGAUUUUAGCCCUUUCAAUUUCUCAAUUUUUCUUGUUUCAUUUCAUAGUAUUUAAUGGUACAUGUGUCAUUAAAUUUUAGCCUGAAUUUUCAAUAUAAUAAUUUUAAAAUUUAAAAAGUAUUUAAAAAAUUAAAUAAUUCGUAAUAUGAAUUAUUACAUAUUUUUAAAAAAUGUAAAAAAUAAUUUUCAUUAAAUUUAAAAUCACCUACUAAUUCAUCUAUAAUAAGUUAAAUACUAAUUGCUUAAAUGCCUAAUUAUUCGGUAGAUGUACUUAUGUAUGGUUAUAAUUCAUCACGAGUCAUUAAAAAAAAAGUAGAUAGAUAAAAAAAAAUUGUAAAAUUUUAACAGCUAGUAGUUACUAAUCGGGUAAUAUAGAAUAAAUUAUUAUAAUCAUGUAUUCGUAUCUAUAAUCAAAUAAUGCUCAUCAUUAUUAGAUAUUCUAACCUUUGUCUUAUAUUAAUAUAAAUUAGAUUUGAUAAAUGUAUUGACACUGAUAUGUAAAAUAUUAGAUAAUAAAUAAAGAUAAAAUUAAUUAAUUACCUACAAUUUAACAUCUUUGUAUAGUUCUUAUUAAUUUCAUAUUUUCAGUAAAACUUGAAACUAUUUUAGUUAUUAUAAAUUCAAUUAGUUAUACAAUUUAUACACAAAUGUAUGAUAUUAGUUGUUCACAAAAUAUUUCUUAUAUGUAUCUUGCUAGUGGUGACUAUCUAAAAGAAAUUAUAUUAAUAUUGAAUCUUUAAAAUAAUUAUUAUAUACCUAAUAGACAUGCUUAAUUUGAAAGAAAUGUCCAAAGAAAAUAACAAAUGCCUAGUUUCAUUGAUAUAGUUUAUUUUAUUUCUGGAUGUUUAAUAAAGCAAUCAAACAAGUGGCAUAGUAGUUUAUGAAAAAUAAUAAAAAUAAUUAUAGGUACUUAGUUUUUAUUUGUAUUAUACAGGAUGUAUGGGGAUAUAAGUACUUCUAAUUUGGGCUAUCCUUAAGGCAUAGGACAGGCCCUGGACAUCACAGUUUUUACAUAUAUUUGGACCUGCACGUUUGAAAAAAUUAUAAAUUAUUAUAGUAUAAUAAAAUGUGAAAAUAUUUAAAAUUUCGCCUUGGGCCUUGCAAAUCCUAACUUCCAAUAAUUUUAUUUUAUAUGAAAUAACAAAUUCUAAUUCUUAUUUUUUCUUGUGUUGGUUAACUCAGUUUUCAAAUAUAUUUCUUUAAAAACAACAAUAUUAUUUUGGUGCAAUAUUUGGGUACAGUCCAAUUAUUUUCGGCGCCAAAAAUAUGAAAUAAAAACAUAUUCCCAGUAUGCGAAGGUUAAUAAGUUUACACAAAAUAAAUAAUAAUAAGUUAAUAUUAUAAAUUACAUACUUACUACAAAAUUGUAAACCUAUAAGUGUUAUUUACACAUUUUUCAUAUGGUCACUUAUACUACUUAGCUAACAAAACAUAAUUUAUUUUAUCAUUGUCUACGAUAUGAUAUGUUAUAAAGAAUGCCCAUUGUGUUUAAUUAAUACAACAAUAGAUAAGCUUAUUUUAUAGGAUUUAUUACUAUUAAAAUUAAUUUACGCUGCUUACUAUAACUAUACAUUAUAUACAGUACUUGUAUUUCAGCGAUAAAAAGUACGUACCUGUAAAAAUACAUAUAAAACAUAUCUGUAAUAAGUAUCUACAUACAUUUAAAAUCAUAUAGUUUAUAAUUACCAUCGAUUAUAUUUCAUUAUUUAGUUAAUACAUUUUAAUUAAUAUAAUUUAAAAUUAAUCUGAAUUAACUUAAAUUAUUAUUUAUAAUUUUGAGUUUUGUACACUUAAUAAAUAAUUGUUUUAGGUACCCUAUAUUUAGUAAUUGUUGUUAAACAUUUAGAUUGUAUUUAAAGAAUAUACAUUUGUUUUCAAAACUAAUGUAGAUAUUUGGCACUAAAUAAUUCAUACAUUUGAACCAUUGUUUCAUAAAAUUAUUAGCGUAAGGAUUAAUGUUUCAUACUUUGUAGAUUAGAUUUUUCAACUUAACAUAGGUACCCAAUAUGAUUAUUAUUAAUAUAUAUUAUUUCAAUACAUUAUAUCAUUUGAGUUAUUAAAUGAACAAAGAUAAAUUAGAUUAGGUAAUACAAAAUUAAGACAGUUAAUACUGUUUGUAUAAACCUAUACCUAUGGGCAAUGACCUAUUGGAAAUAUAGAUAACUUAAUUUAGAUAUAAAAUUUGCAUGUUAUAAUAUCCUGUAAUAAUCACCCAGUUUAAUUAAUCAAUUAUUUGUUUUAGAGAAAAAUAUGAAAACCUUUUGAAAGCAGCCUGUUGUGAAGUGAUCAGUUAUACUAGUAAUGAUGAGAUUGAUGCCUAUGUCUUAAGGUAAAUAAUGAAAAAUAAAAUCUAAUACAAUUGCUAUUGAAAAUAAAAUGUAAAAAUCAACUAUUUGGUUCAUUUUUUGAACAAAUUCAAAUAGUUAAGUUAUUAUUGUAGAUAUUUUAAAGUUAUGUAUUACUAGUUAGUUAUUAUCACUAAAUUAAAAUGUUGUUUUAUAAAUAGGUUAAUAUUUAAUUAAUACAUUUUGCGUGAAGUUGAGAAUAUAUUGGUUUUACUAUUGAAUGCUCACUCUCACUGAUCGUUUUUUUUUUUUGAUGACAUAAAAUAAAAAUUGCCCUAACAUAUUUGACAUAAGGUCAAAUGUGGUAAGAGAAAGCCAUUUUUCAAUCAUAAAACUACCCAAUUACUGAUAUGCCACUGGUGUCAGAUAGCCACUAUGAAGUAUGUAGUAAUGUACAUUCAGCAGUGGUAAAUAAUAGUAGUGCUUUUUACAGGCAAGUAGCUAGGAAUUUUUUUUUUUGAUCGGGAGGGGAGGGGGUUAACAUACAAUUUAUCCCCAAACUCCCAAUAAUCUGAUUUUUUAAGUAAGAAACUUAUAUUUGAGGGUGGGGUUCUAGACUCCAUGGCCUUCCUGGUUACAUGCCUGGCUUCAUAGCACAUAUUACUAUUCUACAGUGAGCAAUAUAUCAUAUAAUAUAUUAUAUAUUGGUUGUCCCACGAAGAUAUUCCUCUUGAAAUCUCUGGAGAUAAUAAAGAUAAUUAAAUCAUAUUUUUUUAUGUAUAUAUAUAUAUUUAUAUAUUAUAGAAAUUUUUUAUUUUAUUAUUUUUGAAAAAUUUUAAUGUAUCACACAUUUAUAUCCGAUGAACAUUUUCUAAGUAACAGUUAUUUUAAAUUUUACUAAUCCAUGUGAAAACCAAUGUUAUCUAGAAAAUAACUAACUGUAUUUUGCAAAAAACAUUGGCUAACAUUUUUCAAAAAUAAUAAAACAAAAAGUUAUUUUUUAAUAAAAAAAAAAAUUAUAAAUUUUAUGAAAAUUUGUAGUUUUCAUCCAUUGUGAGUAAUGUAAAAAAAAAAAAAAUAUAUUUAAUUUGAUUAUCUUUAUUAUCUCCACAGAUAUUCAAGGGGUAUAUCUGUGGGACAGCCCAGUCUGUAUAGCAUUUAUAAUCAAUAGUUUUACAAUAAUAUAGGGGUUUUUUUUUGUUUUGCUACAAUAAUUUUUUUAAAUACUAGAUGUAGUAGAAAAUAUUAUGUAUAUAUAUUAUAUGUUACAGUAAAUGUUGUUAUAAUUAUACUUUUUUGUGUAUAAAAACUGAUUGUGUGCUGUUAGUUUUAACAUUAGUGUCUUUGCUUAUUAUUAAACAAUAUUACAAUUUAAAAAUCAUCCUAUCUCGCUUAAAAAUUAAAAUAUCGAGAAAUAACCAAUGUAUUACACAAACAAUAUUCUCACCUUUAAGUUUGAUAAUAAGCCAACACACUCUAAUAUUAAAAUUAAUGACACAAAAUGGGUUAAUAUAUAAUUAUAACAACAUUUAUAGUAACAUAUAUAACAUACAUAUUAUAUAACUAAUAAAGUACUUUAAUAUGGCCAUUUUUAGAAUUUUUCAGUAGUUUUUUCUGUUAUUUGUUAAAUGAAUGCAAAACAUUUAGUAUAAUUGACAAAAUACCUGAAAACUCAAGAUAGAUAAUGGUAGGAAAUGUUAAAUAUUUUUUGGUAAAAAUACAAUGUGUAAUUAAUUUGCUAAGAUUAAUUAUUCAGUACGAUAUAUAUUAAGUUCUACAAUACUCAGGGUCACAAAUCAUUAUAAUUUCAACCCAGUUAAUUGGAAUACCUAUUUCAAAAAUAUUUAAAACCAAGGACUAUUAAAAAUUAAUUAAUAAAAAAUUAAUUUAUAACAAACUAUUUCAAAUUUAUUUUAUUCAUAUACAAUGUUCAGAACAGUAUUAUAUAAAUAAAUUAUUCUAAAUUGGACAAAUUAAUAAUUAUUUAUGAUAAUGAACUCCACACAUUCAUGCCACUCAAAUCUAUAUUCAGUGAAUUUCUUUCAAAAAUUAAAACAAUUUUUGUUUAAUUUUGACAUUGAGAUUUCAUUUGACGUAUGCAUAUAUGAGGGUUGUCCAUAAAAUAAGGUUCCCAAAGACCUGCAGAUGCGAGGAACUCUGUUAGGCUAACAGAGGAUUUAACAAUAUUGAUUUGUAGCUUGGUUCCCUUUAUCCCAGACAUCUUCCGCGAGCUGUCUGUGAUGCUCAAUCUUGGCUGGGCAGCCAUUAGAGACUUAGCUUCCAUUCACUUUUUCCAAUAGGUAUGAAUUAUGCUCUGUGAUUCGUUUUUUGUGUGCAAAUAAACACUGCACUAAUGGAUAUAAUUAUUCCCAACUGUGUGAAGUCUACAGAGAAAAGUAUAUGAGCAUACAACACAUGCGCAAAUGGUGUAGAGAAUUUGAAGACGGAUGUACAGAUGUCUAUGAAGAACAACAACAUUCUGGGCGUCCAUCGGUGUUGUACACUCAUACACUUUUAUCUGUAGACUUCACAUAGUUGGGAUUGAAUGUUUACCAGUUUUUUGCACAAAAAAAAAAAAUCACAAAGACGAUUCAUACACGACAAGAGAAACGAGUGGGAGCUCUAUCUCAAUAGCUGUCCAGCCAAGACUGAGCUUUGCAGACAGUUCGCCUGGGCAGUAAAUGGGAAAAAGAGAGCUAAUACACACUGUUGUUAUGAAUACGUAUAUACUAUAUAAUAAUUGAAAAUUAUAAUAUAUCCAUACAUUUUAAAACUAAGUCAUUUUUUUUUCUGAAAAUCUCAAUAAGUUGAAAAAAUUGUAUUUCCCUAGAAUUUCAAAUUAUUGAGGUUUCACUGUAUUAUAUUUUAAGACACUAUUUUAUCAAUUAGAUAGACUUAUUAUUAAGAAUUUAAAUUAUAAUACAAUACUUAUUUUCCAGUUGUAUAUUUUUGGCGACUGGUUUUUAAUUAAUUUAAUUUAAAUGUAAAUAAUUUAACAAUAUUUUUAUUAUUACAAUAAAUAAUUUAAAAUGUUAUUUUAAUAUAAACAAUUAUACUGGACAAUAGUUUAUAAAAUGCUAACCAAUAAAAGAUAUAUUUUAGUUUGUGAAAAAAUAUUAAUGAAUAUAGUACACAUUAUUAUAAAAUGCAAUUUGUAAUUACAAUAAAUUUGUGAACUUUACAAAUACUAUUAAAUUGUAAUCAUGUAAUUUGUUAUAAGUUACAAGUUUAAAGUUUUAUAUAAUAAUACAAAAAGUAUUUGCCAUAAGAUUAUAAAAGAUUAACAAAGCAUGGGGAGUUCCUAUCAUCUCAUUAUUUUUUUUUUUUAUUUUAAUUUUAUUUUUAAAUAUUUAAUUAGUUAUGAUUAAAAAUUAAACUACUUUUAUAUUGAUAAGGCGAUAAACUAAUCUAAUUUUUAAGGUGUAAUUAUUUAUAAUUAACAUCUCUUUAAUAAGAGAAAAAAGAUUAAGAAAUAAUAUUUUGUACAUGUAAAAAAAAAAAAAAAGGAAAAAUUAAUUGCAUCUAACAUAACAAACAUUGGACUUAAAACAAACAUUUUCUCUGGACAUAUAUUUUUUUUGUUUUAUAAAAUAAGAUAAAUUGAUUUUUAAAUUUAAAUUUUUAAUUAUGUAAAUUAAUUAAAGUUUAAUUAAUUUAAUUUUAAAUUAAUAUUUUUUAAUUAUACAAUACAUUUUGAUUUAAAUAUAUUUUUAAACACAUGCAAAUAGAAUUAGAUUAAAUCAGAUAUCAUAAUUUUAUACCAAUGACUUCUUUUAUUAUUUAGUUAAAAAAAAAAAAUGCUGGUUCACAAAUAAAUCAAUAAUACAUCUAUGGCUUAAGAGUUAAUAAAAUAAUUAUGUUGCUUUUGUUAUAAUAUUUACAGUGAAAGUAGCAUGUUUGUAACAAAACGUCGAUUCAUAUUGAAAACCUGUGGCACAACAACCCCAAUAGAAUGCAUUAAAUUAUUUUUACUGUAUGUAAAUGAAUUCACUGGAUUUGAUGAAGUAGAGGAUGUUUUUUAUUCACGUAAAAAUUUUGAAAGGCCAGAACUCCAAAAAGAUACAUACCGCAACUUUAAAUUAGAAAUUCAAACUUUAGAUAUCAUAUUUAAAGGAAGUAUGUAUACAUUGUACUUUAAAUAUAAAUACACCAUUUAGCCAAUACAAUUUAUUUAUUAUUAUUAUUAUUUAUCUGUUGUACAGCUGGAGUGGUACGGUGUAUGUGUUCAUCAAAAACAAAUGAUUCUUGGUAUUUAUAUGCAUUGCAACCUGUCAAAUGUUUUAGCAACGAAAAACAAAGUCCUGAUCAAACAUUAGAGGUACUCAUGACCCAAUUAGAUCCUAAUAUAAUGCAAAUAUUUACUAAAGAACAGUCGGCAAAUGCUAUUCAAGCUACUCAGGUAAACUAUAUAAUAACCAGAAUUAACCUAAAUACAAUUUAAUGUCUACAUGCUUAUACUUUAGAAUUCUGGAAUAUCAGAAUUAUUGCCAAACAUGAAAAUUGAUGACUUUUUGUUUGAUCCUUGUGGUUAUUCAAUGAAUGGUAUUGGAAAUGAGGUAAAGUAAUUUAUUUACCUUUUAUUAUCUAUUAAAAAAAAAAUAAUAAUCAACUUUUCGUGUAACACUACAUUAUUUUUAUACUAUGAAUAAUUAAUUGGAAAAUGAAAUUAUUUAAUAACACUAAUAUUUUAUUAAAUGAAAUAUAAUUCAAUAAUCAAUAUUUUUUUCUACAGGGACAAUAUAUGACUAUUCAUAUAACUCCUCAACAAGAAUUUUCUUAUGUCAGUUUUGAGACCAAUGUUCCUCAAAGCUCUUACAAAGAGCUUAUUUCAAAAGUGCUAAAAACAUUCCAACCAGAAAAAUGUGUACUCACUUUGUUUACUAACGAGGUAUGCAAUACAAUCAAAUAAAUAAUAAUCAUUCAUUCAUUAAUUCUAAAUUGCUAAUAUUUUUCUCAUAAACCUUUUUCUGUUUAUUUUAAUAAAAAUUUUAAAAAAUCAACCUUUUUAAUAAAAUAAAAUUUAUUAUUUUCUAACAGAAAUCACCAAGUAAAGCAAAUCACAAGGAAUUGAAAUAUUUAACACAAUUGGGCGAAUGGCAACAAGACACAAACAAGACAUGCUCAUUGAAGAACCAUGAUCUAACUGUGUCCUUCUACUCAAAAUACCCAAGCUGAGAUCAAACGGUGUGGGUCAAGUCUCUCUUCAAAACCCAAAUGCCUUUAUUGUUGCCACACUACACAGCCGUCCUAGUCAUUCUAGUCUGUAUAAAAACUCUAUGUAUCACUAAACCUAUUUAUCACUUUGCAUGGCGUCGUUUUAAAAUAGCGUAAAAGAUUUCUCACAACAUUCCGGUGUAAACUAGAAUUUUAUAUCAUAGUUGUUUUUAUUUGUUCGUGUUAUUUUCUCAAAAGACUUUAUGGACGUUAAAUGUUCCUGUAACGAACACUAAAUGCACUUAGUUGAACUGUGAUUAUGUGGUGGGCAUUUUGAUUUGAGACCGAUACUGAAUUAAUGCGCCAUAACUUAUAUUUCCAUUUAUAGAUAUUUGUUAUUACAUUUUUUAUAAAUACCUUUAUAUAUUUUUUCUUUUAUGAAACUACAUUCUUUUAGACUGUUUAGAAAAGUAACCUUUUAAAUAUAUACGAAAUUGUUUUUCAAUUAAUUAUGUUAUUUUAUUUUAAAUUAUUAAUUUAUGCAAACAGUUGUAUUAAACAGAACAAUUUUAUUACAUAAAUAAAGUUUCAAAAUUAAUUAUUAAAUGCUUUCUGUUGCAUACACUGACUGCUUUUACAAUCAUAGAUCACUAAAUCUUGUUUAAAUUCUUAUUUAUUUCCUAAAUUAUUAGUUCAUUAUGUAAUCUAUUUCAAAGUGUGAAUAACUUAAAAUUUAAUUUAAACUGUUUAAUUUUACAUAUUAUAUUUUGUUGGUUUUUCAGAUAACAUCUAUAGUGAUUAAUUAUUUAUAUUAUUGUUUUUGUAAAAUUAUGAAGUUAAAAUAAUGUAAUAAUUUUAAAUUUUGUUAUUACAUUGAAAUGUUAUUCAAAUUGAAUAAAUUAUAUAAGAAGGGAUAAUUUUCCAUAGAUCUCUAUGUUAUCGAUGUAUACAUUAUAUAUGAAUAUAAAGUUUAUAGAAAAAUUAUGGAGAAAGUAAACAAUAUAGGUUAGUAAUCUGUUAUUAAUUGUUGAGUUACCUAUUUAGAUAGAUACCUGUUUUUAUAUGUAUAUUUUAAGAGAACAAUUAAUCAUUACUUGGAAGGUAUAAAUAUGUUUUAAGAAGAAAAACAUGUUAUACAAAUUAUCUAAAGCUGGGUCCACCCAGACAAUAAAAAUAAAAAAAUGUUUUCCACAGAAUCAAAACAAUUUUAUUUUUCCUAUAAAUUGUUGGUAUUUUUAAGAACAAAGUUGUGCCUCGAACAGUAUCGAUAAAUAUUGUAUAUUAGUUUUGUUAUUAUAAUGAACAUUGCCAAACACGUGCGGGAAAAUAUUUUAAAAAUAUCCAACAAGCAAUAGUGUUUCAGGAUUUUGUCAGUUGUGCU